UUGAAUUCAAUACAUCUACUAAUGAUAUUAUUUUAACAUCAGAUAGUGAAAACAAAGAUUAUUUUAAAAAUAAUGAGAUCGGGCAAAAAAUUAUUGAUAUACAUACUUUAAAGAGAUAUAAUAAACAAUCAAUACAUUCUAGUACUACAGAUACACAAAGGAAAAAAGAAAAUGCAUCAGGAUGAUCGUUACUCAAUGCGAAGAGUUAUUGCAAUUGUACCUAGAAUAACCCGGCAAUAUGUUCGUAAGCUAAUUGAGACAGAACAGCGAUUAAUAAUAUGUUUAAGGGUUCGUAAUCGCGGAUCACUCGCUUGUUAACUUUUCGGGUCUCUCGGACGACUGACUGGUCGGAGCGCUUAGGCAUUUCACCCAAAAACGGGGCAAGCGUGCCUCGCAGGGAAGAUCACGACGUGCUCACGCUUGAGAGUCGUAUAGUAUCACGCGCCUAUCAUGCCGAAUAACAGUUCGGACGGACUCCGAACAGAGAUUAUUCAUUUAGACGGAGUGCAGGCUCGUACUCCUAAAAUUUCACGAUAUAAUAACGGCAAUGUGCCCUACGAGCUACAGAUCCAGAGUAAUACAACAAUCUUCAAUUUUGGGAAAUAUAAUAUGGAACGAACCAAUUUAAUCGAACCGGAGCUUGUGGAGUUUUGUGAUGUAAUGAAUACAUCAUCAAGAGUCGCAUUAGAGGACUAUAUAAAGUCCAAUUUUGGGCCAAUUUAUAAAACUAAUUUGAAUAAGAAAAUUGGAUGUGGAUCCAUCACUGAUGGGUACUUUAAAUUAGAAUUGAUCCACCGUACUUUUCAGUACAAAGUCUAAACAUUAAGAAAUUAGAAGACCGAAUGUCUUUGACUACUAUAAUAAAUGUUAAUCGCACGUUAAAGAAAAAGAAAUUUGAAGAAAAUUCAUCACAACAGGUAAAAAUUAUAUCAUCAUUAAAAGUAAUAAGUGUAAUCGGUGUGUGUGUACAAGGUGAGUCAAAAGUAUGUUUAAAAAAUUUGUGUAUUCUUGCAUAAAAAGGAACAAGCUCACAAAUUUUGAAAACAAUAUUUUUGAUUCACCUUAUAUCUGCGUAGAGAGAAACAGAGAGUGCAAACUUCUCCAUUUGUUUACAUAAACAGCUUCAGUAAGCAACCACUGC